GUAUUUGACUGAAUGGGCCAUCAGAAGUUGGGUGGCAGAAAAGGAAUUUGAUUUCUUGGCGGUGGCGGUUGUGGGUUGGAAAAUAAGUUGUAUUACUUGGUCGCUACGUAGCACUGUCAAAUCCCGGUGGAGCUGAGCAUAGGAUAACCAUCAUAGCACCCUGCAUCUUAACCAAUCGCCGCAUCUUGGCCUCUUCCAUCUACCGUCCAAAACAGUCACCAGUCUCUCCUCCAUUUGUAACUGUACAAAACCAAAAAAAAAAAAAAAAAAACUUGUAUAGAAUUUGGCAAAAACAGAGAAUUAGAAAUAAUAUAAGAGGAGGAAGGACCGAAAUUCCAAAAUGAAGGGACCAUAAUUGAGACGGGAGAAGGGCGAAAUUAUAAGAGGAACGGAUUUGUAUUUGAUUCAUUGCAGAAACUAUUCAAUCAGGGAUUGUGGGGUUUGUCAAUUUUGCAAUCCAACCAAUUGAUUCUGCGCUGCUUAAACCCUCUCGGCUCCCUGCAGUUUUAAUAAUCACAAGUAGUAAGCUUCAGAAUCCCUUCUUUUUUCUUUGCAACUUCAUCAUGAUAAAAUCUGUGUAUUUAUUCGUGCUGUUUCAUUGAAAUGGCAUUCCAUUUUGAGUGAAGAGGAAGCUGUUUCAUCAGAAAUUUGGUAACAAUCUAUUGGACUGUUCUUUGGAACGUAGUAGUAAGGCUGGUGGCAACUGGCGGGCAAUUUGUGGAGAAGAAACAACUUGUUGAUGCUGUUCAAUGGAAGAAGAGGAGGAAGAUAGGGUUUUAUUGAAUCGUUUAGGUGUCACUUCUGCAAAUCCUGAAGAUAUCGAGCGCCACAUUUUUGGGCAGGCUAAAACUAGUGCUGCAGACAGUAGUGCAGCUGGAGGAAGUGAUGGUGAAGAAUUGGUUGUUGGAGCAGAAAGCAAUGGUGCAUCAUCAACUAGUCUUCCUGAUCUCUACAAUAAACUCAGAGCAGUGGAGCUCGAAAUAGAUGCUGUUAAAUCUGCUUUUGAAGUUAAAAACUUUGCAAAAGACGAUGCGCAUGUCUCUGAAGGUGAUAGUGAGAAAGGGCAUGAGAGUGUAGAAGCCGAAGAAAAUAAUUCUCGUGCUUCUCCCAAUGAUACAACUCUCCAGCAUGCUCUUGCUUCUGAUCGUUUAAAGAGUCUGAUUAAAACAAAGGCUCAACUUGAGAAGAAAAUUUCAGAUGGUUCCCCAGAUCUUGAGUACAGGAACUUGAUAAAGAAUAUUGUCAAGGAAGAGCGUAAUUCCAAACGAAAGCCAAAGGACGUUAAGAAAUUGAUCAAGAAUCAGAGCAAAAGGCUGAAAAGAGCUUCUUUUAGCGAGGAUGAUGAUUUUGAUGCAGUUCUAAAUGCAGCAUCUGCGGGGUUUGUUGAAACAGAAAGAGAUGAAUUAGUCCGCAGAGGAAUUUUCACCCCUUUCCACAAGCUUAGGGGUUUUGAACGCCGUAUUCAAGAGCCUGGUUCAUCCAGCAGGCAUGAUGUUAUCGAGAAUGCAGAUGAGAAUGAUCAGGUUGCUUCGUCCAGCCUAGCCAGGGCUGUCCGUUCAAUCACUGAGGCUGCUCAGGCUCGUCCAACAACGAAGUUGCUUGAUUCAGAAGCAUUACCAAAACUGGAUGCACCCACUCAUCCUUUUCAAAGGUUAAGAGUGCCAUUGAGAAUUAAGCAUUCUCUAGACAAUGAUGUGGAGAAAAAUAAAGAUACAAAAAGGAAGAAGAAAAGGCCCCUUCCUGCCAAAAUUUGGAGAAAAAAAAUAUCCCGUGAAGAGAAAACAUUUGAGGGAAAUGAUGCUAGGAACUCUGGUAAUGAAGAUGAUGAUGGAGAAGAUGCUGUAGAUCUGGAUGGUGAAGGACCUAGUUUUGUUGCGUUAGAAGGUGGGCUGAGGAUUCCUGAAGCAAUUUUUAGCAAACUUUUUGAUUAUCAAAGGGUUGGCGUCCAGUGGUUAUGGGAACUCCACUGUCAAAGAGCUGGUGGGAUAAUUGGAGAUGAGAUGGGCCUUGGUAAAACCAUACAGGUCAUAGCUUUCCUGGGGUCAUUGCAUUUCAGCUUUAUGUAUAAGCCAAGUAUUAUUAUCUGUCCUGUCACACUCUUACGGCAAUGGAGAAGAGAAGUUCAAAAGUGGUAUCCAAGGUUUCAUGUGGAAUUAUUGCAUGAUUCUGCUCAGGAUGCACCUGGUAUGAAGAAACAGAAAUCUUCUAGCGAGAGUGAUGAUGAUGAGUUUCUUGAUAGCGAUAUUGAAGAAACUUUACCUUCUAAAACUACCAAAAAAUGGGAUUCUUUGAUCAACCGUGUUCUUAGGUCAGAUUCUGGCCUGCUGAUCACCACUUAUGAGCAACUUAGGUUGCUGGGCGAGAAGUUACUUGAUAUUGAAUGGGGAUAUGCUGUUCUGGAUGAAGGACAUCGCAUUCGAAAUCCGAAUGCAGAAAUUACGCUUGUUUGCAAACAGUUGCAGACCGUGCACCGUAUAAUAAUGACAGGUGCACCAAUUCAGAACAAGCUGAGUGAGUUAUGGUCUUUGUUUGACUUUGUCUUCCCAGGAAAAUUGGGCGUCUUGCCUGUAUUUGAAGCCGAAUUUGCAGUUCCCAUAUCUGUUGGUGGUUAUGCUAAUGCGACCCCUUUGCAAGUUUCCACAGCUUACAGGUGCUAUGUAAUGCGCUGUUUCCUGCGUGACCUGAUGCAUGCUCCUACCUCCUGCAGCGUCGCAAUGAAGGCUGAUGUAAAUGCCCAGCUAACAAAAAAGACGGAACAGGUCCUGUUUUGCACCUUACUGCCAGAGCAGAGGUCUGUCACCGGGCAGUUCUAAGCUAGCUCUUGAGGGAGAACCAGAUCUUGGAUGUAGCAGAGAAAUUCUCUUUAUGUAUUGGAUGUGAGUGCGAAAAAUUGUAACCAUCCUGAUCUGCUUGACGAGAGAGCAUCCUGCAAAAAUCCAAAUAUGGAAAUCCUGCCUGUGCCGCGUGCAAAAUUGAAAGUUGUGCCAGUGCUCAAGGUGUGAAGGAACAGGGGUCACCGUGUUCUUCUUUUUACUCAAACGCAAGCAGAUGCUUAUAUACUUGAGAAUUUUGAUUAGUAGGGUUGGCUACACUAUCGGAGAGAUGAUGGUCUGACUCCUUAAAGCAAAGAAUGGCUUUGAGAGAUGAAUUUCAAUAAUUCGGAUGAGGUUUUCAUCUUCAUCUUAACAACCAAAGUUGGUGGUCUGCGAACAAAUUUAACGGGUGCUGAUAGAGUGGAUUAUUUUUGACCCAACUGGAACCCGUUAACUGAUAUACAGGCAAGGGAGCGAGCUUGGCGUAUUGGCCAAACAAAAGACGUGACUGUUUACAGAUUGAUUACUCGUGGUACCAUUGAAGAGAAGGUUUAUCACCGUCAAAUUUAUAAACACUUUCUUACCAACAAAAUCUUGAAUAAUCCACAACAGAGAAGAUUCUUCAGAUCACGAGAUAUGAAGGAUCUUUUCACAUUGAAUGAUGAUGAGAAGGAUGGUUCUACUGAAACAUCUAAUAUUUUUAGUCAGUUGUCUGAAGCUAUAAAUGUGGUAGGGGUGCAUGAUGAUAAUCAGAAUAAGCCAUCUCUGACAGAGUCGGCCCCUUCUGCUGCAAGUGACAAACGUAAUGGCUCAGAUACUGAAAAUAAAGGGAAAGAGAUGGAUGACCACAGUGAUGGGGAAGUUGAUGAAGAAAGAAACAUCUUGCGGAGCCUUUUUGAUGCUCAUGGGAUUCAUAGUGCCAUGAAUCAUGACGCUCUCAUGAAUGCUCAUGAUGAGGAGAAGAUGAAGCUGGAGGAACAAGCCUCCCAAGUGGCACAGAGAGCCGCAGAAGCAUUGCGGCAGUCACGAAUGCUUCGACGCCAAGAAAAUAUAGCUGUUCCUACCUGGACAGGUAAAUCUGGAGCUGCUGGUGCACCAUCUGCUAGCGGAAGAAGAUUUGGCUCUACCAUGAAUUCUCAUAUGAUUAGCAAAACAAGAUCAUCUGAUGAAUUAGUUAACAGAGAGGCAAACAGGCCAAAUGGGUUAGUUGCUGGGGCUUCUUCAGGUAAAGUAUUAUCUUCAGCUGAAUUAUUGGCCAAAAUUAGAGGAAACCAACAGAGAGCUGUUAAUCAAGGGCUUGAACAUCAGUUUGGCCUGGCUUCAAGUUCCAAUAACUUUGGGAGGUCUGCAGACACCAGACCUAGGGAAUCAAAGAAUUCGGCUACGCAGCCAGAAGUAUUAAUUCGUCAACUCUAUACAUUUAUUCAGCAGAAUGGUGGAAGCUCAAGUACUGCCAGCAUCGUGGACCAUUUCAAGGACAGAAUACCAUCGAAGGAUCUUCCAUUGUUUAAAAAUCUUCUGAAGGAAAUAGCUACGUUGGAGAAAAACUCGGGUGGUUCGUCCUGGGUUUUAAAGCCUGAGUAUCAAGAAUGAUUGCUAUGAAAUUUGCCUGCGGGUCAAGCCUCAGUAUCCAGCAACAAUACUUCCUUCGUUUUGCUCGAGGGAGUAUUUCCAUUUUGAUGGCCGGAUAGCUCCCAUCAAUUGUUUUUGACAUUUAGUGAACUGACACCCAAUAGAAUGCUGUUUUGUUAAUACAGUCAGUGUCUGAACGAUACUGAAAUUCAUUCCGAUUUUCCAAAAUUAUUUAGAAGUUGAGGUCGUUAUUACA